AUGAACGAGGUGCACAUCAACGCGGACCCCGACACCAUCUCUACUCUGGAUGAGCCGGUGUUGGAUACUCUGGCACGCGACGCGAAGGCCAUCGGCCGCAAGCUUAUCGUCGUGGUCUGCCCUCCCCUAGGCGAUGACGGGGAGCUGCGUGACUGGGAUCUGUGGGGGCCGCUGUUUCUCUGCCUCCUCCUCGCCUCCAUCUUGACCAUCAACGCAGACAAGCAGCAGGGCUCCGCAGUCUUUUCCGCCGUAUUCAUCUUCGUCUGGCUGGGUGGUUUUGUGGUGACGCUGAACGCCAAAUUCCUCGGCGGUAAGGUGAUGUUUUUUCAGACCUACUGCGCCAUGGGCUACUGUCUCGCGCCGACGUGCGUAGCCGCGAUUGUAUGCUGGGUGAUGCCGUGGUUCUUCGUGAAGCUGAUCGUCUGCGCGUUGACGUGGGCGUGGUCCUGCUGGGCCGCCCUUCGCUUUUUUCGUAACACGGUGAGCGAGGAGAAGGAGGUGCUGGUGGUGUACCCUGUAGGCCUCUUCUACCUCCUCUUCACGUGGAUGAUUCUCGUGGGCGUGUAG